AUGUCGAAUCUUGACAACCUACAUCCCACGGAGAUUUGCUUCCAGAAGAAGAUUUUUGCCUCUUCAUAUUCCGUAAUAUUUCUUGUCACUGUCCGCGGCCAGACAUGUGUUAUGAAGGUGCAUCACGGAAGGGGCCCACGGCAAUAUUACGAACCAGAGAACUGUGAACUCGACAUCCAUGUGCUUGAAACCACUGCCUACACCCAACUCAAAGACAGGGGUCUAUGUGACCGUGGAAUCGUGCCCAAUUUCCUAGGGUCUAUGAGGAAAUUCGAUCCAUCUGCGUGCCUACCCCACUUGAAAAUGUUCCUGGACGACGAAUACCCACCUAGCGCCAUAUUCUUGGAGUAUAUCACCGGUCUGGAAAUGAUCACUCUAGAGAAUUAUACGCAGCAACGGAUGGAUAAUCUCAUCAGUGGUAUCCAACAAAUACAUAAGGCCCUAGUGCGGCACAGGGAUCCCAAACCAAGGAACAUGAUGGUCGUUACAGGUACUGCCGAAAGAGUGGUGUGGAUGGACUUUGAUCGAGCAGAAACCUACGACGAACAUCAGAUCACCAGUGAACAGGAGCAGCUUCUCAGAAAUGAAGAACAAAUUGUUGUUGACAUUGGCGAUUGCCUUGUGAGAACUCCUCCCUCUGAAGGCAUGUGCCAUGACGUUGUCUAA